CCCCCCCCCCCCCCUCUCCCCCAUCGGCCUCUGCUCUUCUUGAGUGGACACCUGCCUCUCCCGAACACUUAUCCUGCCUAUACUCGAAUAGAAAAAAAAGAUUACCGGCAGUACAUCAAGUGUUAUCACGCGCGCCGUCCUACCUCACAGCGCGCCGAUACAUCGAGGCCGUUUCGACACACCUCAUCGGUCGCCAUGAAUUCCUCCAGCUCGUUCAACGCUGCCAUCACAGUCCCACCACCACCUUCCGACAAUGAGGCAGGAAGUUGUGAGCUUUUGGGUCCAUUCGCGUUGUUCGUCCAGGGUGCACUGGGAGCUCUCGCGUUACUAGUUCUGCUAUGGAAACGGUCGCGGGAACAUCCUCAACGACCUCUAUUGAUAUGGUUCAUGGAUGUCUCGAAACAAGUGCUCGGUAGCGGUUUGGUGCACAUCGCGAAUCUGGUGCUCUCGAUGUUAUCGUCCGGGACGUUCUCGACCGAACCCACGCCUACUGGUGUCGUCAUUGCGGGUAUGCGGAGGCUGCGGCGGCACGAUGGUCCUUACGAUGGGUCAGGCGGCGACGACGGCGGUCCUGGCGGUCCUGGGGGGCCUGGCGGUCCUGGAGACGAUGAGCCGCACCACUCGAAUCCUUGCUCGUUCUAUCUGCUCAACCUGGGCAUCGAUACAACGGUGGGAGUUAUCAUCCUGAUCUACGCGUUGCGGAUGCUGCACAAGCUCGUUGUGAAGUUUUCUAUCCCGGGUUUGCGAACGGGUAUGGUUUCCGGCUACUACGGCGAACCACCGAAAUGGAAGUAUUGGAUGAAGCAGUCAAGCGUCUACUUUGCCGGCUUGAUGAUUAUGAAGUUUAUCGUCGGCAUACUGUUCGCGUUGUUCCCAUGGUUGGGUAUGGUCGGCGAUUUCCUGCUUUCUUGGACGGAAGGGAACAAGAAAGUGCAAGUUUUCUUCGUCAUGUUUUUCUUCCCCCUUGUGAUGAACGCAUUCCAGUAUUACGUCAUCGACAGCUUCAUCAAAGCCAAGGAUUCAUCACAAGACGUGAUCCGCGACGGUGCACCCAUCGACGACGAGCCCGAUCUUCACCACCCACGCCGCUCAUUCAACUACAUUGAGGACGGCUCUGACUCCGAUCCUGAAGACGGCUCAAAGCGGCUCCUCUACCCGAACCGCCCGUCUCCUCGCAACACCAACAACAAAAAACACUCUGGAACCUACGUUGAGGAAUACAAUCCCGACUACGAUGGCACCAGCGAGAGCAACGCCGCUACCCUCCACCGCGGUUCCCCGGAGAGUGGAUACUUCAAAUCCGGAAGAAGCAGAAAGACGCCGACUGUGGGAAGCCAGAAGAGCAGGAACAGCAGCAUGCUCUUGCUUCCGGGGAGUAGGGGUCCUAGCACCCCUGGGUAUGCGGAUGAAGAGAGCAACAGCACUGGCCGUGGAAGUGUCCAUGGCAGGUUGAUUUCGGGCGAUGACGAUAGUACGCUGGUUGGGCGUGAGGAGCGGUAGAGGUGCAUGCACUUUCUAGAUGUAUGGAUAGAUUGAUCGAUCGAUUGCCACGCGCUACCGUGGCCGGUGGGCUGUAUAGAAGAUGAGGUUUCUUUUCCUCCUAGCUCUAUCCCUUUAUCUUUGCUAUUUCAUUACCGCUUCCCUCCCACCUUCUCUCUUUUUCUUUUCUUUUCUUUUUCUUUCCGGAUCUUGUCUUGUUAAGCGUGCGUGUUACUUACUGUUGGGGAUUUUGUUUUGUUUUCGUUUGGUCGUUCCGGGAGUGCAAUGUCAAUUUUCUUUUUGAUCUAUAUGCGUGUUGGUUGUCUUGUCUUGUCCAUGCGAUUUGGUGUUUUUUUUUGUCCUGCUUUGUCUGUCUAUCCGUAUCUGUUGCAUCUUCGGGCGAGGUUGGGUGUCCUUCGUUGUUUUUCUUUCUGGUUGGGCAGGUGGUGGGGGAAGGGGGAGGGGGAG